AUGACAAGGGUGCAGAUCCUGUUCCGACGCCUGGAAAGCACUCUGGUGAUAGCAGAGCAUACAAAUGAGAAGUUGUUCCCUGUUACCCUCAAUGCUGUGACUGCUGCCAACAAGAUCGGAGGCGAUGUUGCCUGCCUUGUGGCUGGCACCAAAGUGGCCCCUGUUGUGGAGGCACUGAGCAAAGUACCAGGAAUCAAGAAGAUCUUGGUGGCAGAGAAUGAAGCAUUCCAUGGGUUCCUGCCUGAAGCCCUCACUCCUCUUGUACUGGCAACCCAGAAGCAGUUCAACUUCACACAUAUUUUGGCUGGGGCGACUGCAUUCGGGAAGGCUCUCCUACCCCGCAUUGCAGCCAAGCUUGAUGUCAGUCCCAUCUCUGAUGUUAUUGCCAUCAAGUCCUCAAACACCUUUGUUCGGCCCAUCUAUGCCGGAAAUGCACUGCUGACACUCAAGAGCCGCGAUGCAGUGAAGGUCCUGACGGUCCGUGGAACCAACUUUGAGGCAGCUGCCCUCGAUGGUGGAAACGCAGCUAGGGAAAAUGUCCCAUCUGCAGAUUCAUCUCAGAAUCUAUCCCAGUUUGUCGGACAGGAGCUCAGCAAGUCAGAUCGACCAGAACUUACCAGUGCGAAGAUAGUCAUCAGUGGAGGCAGGGGGAUGAAAAAUGGUGAGAACUUCAAGUUGCUGUACGAUCUUGCGGAGAAGUUGGGUGCUGCCGUGGGAGCAUCUCGAGCAGCUGUUGAUGCUGGCUUUGUUCCCAAUGACAUGCAAGUUGGCCAGACCGGCAAGAUUGUCGCUCCCGAACUUUACAUCGCUGUGGGGAUCUCAGGAGCAAUUCAGCACCUGGCAGGGAUGAAAGACUCGAAGACGAUCGUUGCAAUCAACAAGGACCCAGAGGCACCCAUCUUCCAAGUGGCCGACUUUGGCCUCGUCGCAGACCUCUUCAAGGCGAUCCCCGAACUCACCGCAAAGCUGUGAAAUGGAGCAUCAGGGUACCAGAACCGGGAUCGGUACCUGUGUCAUCCAGUCAGUCUCUCGGAAGAUGUACUAUUACCUGCUCCGCAUGCGUCUAUCUUUUGAAGAUGAUAUAAAAAUGUGUGAUUGUAAUGUUGAGAGGGCGUCCAUGAGUUCAGUGGCCUCCAUCUAUUAUGAAAUAAAUUGGGACAUUUUACGCUCUAGUAAAACUG